AUGGACAUCGUGCAGGCCGUCUCCGGCUACAUCACCAAGAUGGUGUCGGCCGGAGACAGCGCCGCUGCAGGCACCUCUGCCGCCAAGAUGAAGAUUCUCCUGCUCGACAAUGAGACUGUUGCGAUAAUCUCUACCGCCACAACCCAAUCCGCAUUGCUCAACCAUGAAGUCUACCUUACCGACCGGUUAGACAACCAGACGCGUGAGAAGAUGCGCCAUCUUCGCUGCCUAUGCUUCGUGCGCCCGUCGCCCGAGUCCAUACAAAGCUUGAUUGAGGAGCUGCGGGAGCCCAAAUAUGGGGAAUACCACAUAUAUUUCAGCAACAUCAUCAAGAAAUCCUCGCUCGAACGGCUGGCGGAGGCAGACGAUCAUGAGGUGGUGCGAGCCGUGCAGGAAUACUUUGCCGACUUUCUCGUCAUUAACCCCGACCUGAUGUCUCUAGGCCUCGGGUUCCCACUCCACAGGAUAUGGAGUACUAGCUCGGACUCGUGGAACCAGGAUGCUCUGCAACGGUCGACCGAAGGCGUCAUGGCGCUGCUCCUUGCGCUGAAGAAGAAGCCGUUGAUUCGAUAUCAGAAGAACAGUCUGCUAGCUAAGAAAUUGGCGACAGAGGUCCGGUAUCACAUGACCCAGGAGGAUCAGCUCUUUGACUUCCGGAAAACUGACACCCCUCCCAUUCUCCUCAUCGUUGACCGCAGGGACGACCCAGUCACCCCACUGCUAACGCAAUGGACGUACCAAGCAAUGGUCCACGAGCUGCUUGGCAUUCACAACGGCAGAGUAGAUUUGCGAGAUGUGCCGGAUAUCAGGCCAGAGCUAAAGGAAAUUACUCUCGCGCCAGAUCAAGAUCCCUUCUUCAAGAAGAACAUGUAUCUCAACUUCGGCGACCUGGGACAGAAUGCGAAGGAAUACGUCGAACAAUUCGCGUCAAAGCAGCAAGGUUCACAGAAGCUCGAUUCCAUCGCAGACAUGAAGCGCUUCAUCGAGGAUUUCCCUGAAUUCCGCAAGCUGUCUGGAAACGUUACAAAGCACGUCACCCUUGUCGGCGAGCUCAGCCGGAGAGUCGGAGAGGACAAUCUACUUGAUGUAAGCGAGCUGGAACAGAGUCUGGCCUGCACAGAUAAUCAUUCCAACGACGUCAAGUCGCUACAACGCAUCAUCCAAGACCCCAAGAUACCAGCCGGCAACAAGCUACGCCUGACGGCGAUUUAUGCGCUCCGCUACUCGAAGCACUCGUCAAAUUCCACGCCAAUGCUCCUCGAUCUGCUUGCAGUCACUGGCGGCCUUUCGCGACAUCGGAUCAACCUUAUCAACAAGCUCUUAGCCUAUCAUAACUCCCUACAAGCAUCGACCGUUGCCGGCGGAAUGCCGGAUCUGUUCCAACCAGGUUCCUUCUUCGGCGGUGCACGAGAUCGAUUCAAGGGCCUGAAAGGCGUGGAAAACGUCUAUACCCAGCAUUCACCGCGCUUAGAAACGACACUGCAAGACCUGAUCAAAGGUCGACUCAACCAACAAGUCUACCCAUUCGUUGAAGGCGGCGGAUCGACAAAAGAUAAGCCUCAAGACAUACUCAUUUUCAUGGUUGGCGGGACGACGUACGAGGAGGCCAAGAUGGUAGCGCAAGUCAACGCCAGCUCGCCGGGCGUGCGAGUGGUUCUUGGAGGCACCACGGUGCACAACAGCUCAACAUUCCUGGAGGAGGUUGAAGACGCGGUAGGGUCUUGGCCCGAGCCUGCGCCGUUAACAGCAGCAGGUCGGUUGCGGAGAGAAGUUGGGAGGUAA